AUGGCCAGAGUCGCUCAAGCUGGUAGUGGUGUGGAGUUAACCUGCGACAGAUGUGGGAGUAUAGUUCUCGUCCUGGUAUUUUUGUUAGUCUGUAUCAGAUUCUUAUUAAGACGACUCAAAAAUGAGAGUAUCUACCCUGAUGACUGGCUCAUGAUAGUCGCUUUUCUCUUUGUAGGAGGAUUUACAUCUACAUUCCCCGUUCUUAGGCAGCCAGAACAGAGAUAUGUGAAAUUUACUUGCUUGGGUAUUGUUAUGACCUGGUCAACCGUUAUGGUGAUGUGGAUGCUUCAAUGCCGCCCAUUUAAUUUGAACUGGAAGGUCACAGUUCCUCCUCAGCAAUGUGCAGCAAUUAUUGUGACGAAUGUCGUAUUGAUCUGCAUUCCCUUGCCAAUGAUUUGGAGAACGCAGAUGGCAACUGUUACAAAAUUCAAGGUAUCUGGGGUCUUCCUCGUCGGUAUAUUUCUUGUUGUGAUAUCUAUUCUACGAACUAUCUUGCAGGAAAGUGGAAUUCAAGCAACGGAUGAUAGGUAUUUUUGGGGCGCUAUGGAGGCUCUCCUCAUGGCGUUGUUUGCCAACGCUCCCGUACUCAAUGCACUUUAUCGUCGCAUCAAGCGUGGCGCUGGAUCAAAUCACCUCGCAUCUAGAUCCGAUAUCAGAUCAGCCAUGAAUUCAGAUGGUAUGGAAUUGUGUUCAGCUGAUGAUUCGAGGGAGAUCGAUUUCAUGGAAGCACUCCGGGUGGGACCUGAGCAUGAACCAGAGUCUAUGAAACAGUCAGGCCGCGCAUCCGCUUCACCAACACCACCAAUACCCGCCAGACUUGCACCUUCACCUUCACACCUUAACAAACGCAAAGUAGUUCCCAAUACCAACAUGCUCCUCUCUGUUUCUCGAUCGAGAGGAGCAUUGAGUGCUGUGGGAGUGUGUAUUUAA